UUUGGUGCUUGUCUUCUCUUCAAUCAGAAAGAAGUGGAAGCAAAUCCCUGCAGAGUCACUGGACCUUUUGCUAAGCCCGCCAUUUUCUGAAGUUGAGAAGCUAGGGCAUCGAUUUCUGAGCUUGACAAGCCAUGGAGCAGACGCUGUGGAGCCAUUUACCGCUAUUGGUUAGGUCCAAUUCGAAAGAUUCGGUUGAGUACAUUCUUCAGGCUCUUUGGAGGACCCGGAAAACCGGUCUGGACCCGGCCGACCGAGACAUUAUCCGAGAUAUGCUCCAGCUCCAGAACGAAUCGGACCUCGACCCGCUUUUUGUAUGCCUUCGCAUGUUGAUUCGCAGAUGCGUUUACGAUAACAUCGGGAGAGAUGAGAUUCAGAAGCUGUUUCCCAGUGAGGUCUUACCUGAGUUACAGAGACUGUUGACGCUUUUGUUGCAGAAGUUUCAACGAGAAUGGCGGCAAGAUGUACUCAAGGACCAGGGUGCUUUGCCACGGUUAAAGACAAUGACAUGGGACAUGGCAAAUCCGGAUGCAGAAUUCGCCGACCCCGUGGCUGUUAUCAACUUGAAGCUCCUAAAUGAUUCACAGUCUCGCUCAAAAGAAUCGGAAGUGAAGUUUGAAUUAGCUAAUGAUACUCUAGAAACAAUGCUGAAUUCCAUGUACAGCAUAAGAGACCAGUUGUCAAACGUGGGUGAGGCAUCAAAUGACUAUUUAUCUCAAGAUGCAAAUAUGUUGUAGAUAACCCAUAUCCCCUGGAUACAAUGAUUGAGAUAAAUGGAACUUGUAAGGAGCUUAUUUUUUCCCUUGCUUUACGCCGGCGCAGUUCGUAAAAAUGAUAUCUUUAUUUGCUAUAUUUUUUACACAAAAAAUGUUGAAAUGACCCAUAGAUAAGUGUCCCCUUUUCAUUUCCUAGAUGUUUCCCAGUGCAGUGUUUGAUACAACUUUCAAGUGACGAGAAGUUCUUCGAAGAAUCCUUUUGUAGUUGGCUAAAGUUCGAUGUCAUCCUAUUUGUGUCUGCCAUGUAAAAAGUUGUCAAAAUUGACUCGUUUGAACUUUCAAUGGCAUGCCUUUUGGACGCGAAAAUUGUACGUUAUGCUUUGUCUGAUCCGAUGCAAUUCACUUUUGUUUGGAGCUUAUUGAUUUCCA